AUGGCUGUCGGCAUGACGAGCUUCUUGCAGGGCGCUGUCACUGUUAUGAGUUCAUUCGCGGCGCGCGAUCUGGGCAUGACCAGUGCGGAGAUUUCCUGGAUGAAUGCUGCCACAUCACUCACAGCUGGUUCACUACUGCUUUUCUUCGGCAGUAUAGCUGAUCUCUUUGGACGCAAAUCCAUGUUUAUCGUGUCCAUGUUCCUCUACUCCGUCGUCUGUGUGGGAGCCGGCUUCUCCCAAAACGGCAUGACGCUCGAUGCCCUUUGCGGUGUCCUAGGCAUCUUCUCUGCCGCGGCUGUGCCUCCUGCCCAGGGCAUGCUGGGUGUCAUCUAUGCGAAGCCUAGCCAAAGGAAAAACAGGGCUUUUGGCUGCUUUAGUGCCGGCAAUCCCUUGGGCUUCGUUUUUGGGUUGAUCCUUGCUGGUAUCUUUAUUCAGGUGUUCAGCUGGAGAGCUGGUUUCUUUUUGUUGGCUAUAGUGUAUUUUUGUACAAGUAUCAUCGCCGCAUUUACAGUGCCCAAGGAUACGACACCAAAACAGACGUUUAACGCAGAGACGAUGAAAAAGCUAGACCUUCCGGGAACAACACUUACGAUUUUUGGCAUUGGCAUGUUCUGUGCUGCACUGAGUCUUGGUGGAAAUGCGCCACAGGGUUGGAAGACACCCUAUGUCCUCGUUCUAUUGAUACUAGGUGCCAUUUUGAUUAUUUUGUUUAUUGUGUGGGAGCUCAAGUACCCAUAUGCGAUGAUUGAUAUGAAGAUCUGGCGCGAUCGAGACUUUUCUUUGCUAAUGAGCAUUCUCGCUCUCUCCGGUCUUGGAUUUCCAGUCUUGAGUUUCUGGAUUGCACUCUAUUUCGAGCGGGUGCAGGGAUACAAUGCCCUUAUGACUGGUGUUCACAUGCUUCCCAUGUCUAUUGUAGGUGUCGCUGCAAACGUAGUGGCUGCCCUGGUUCAGCACAAAGUAUCCAACAAACUCCUUGUUGGUAUCGGAUCAACUGCUCUCACUCUUUCCCUUACACUGGCAGCCCUCCAGAGAGACGGAGAUUCGUACUGGGCAUUUGCUUUCCCAGCGCUCUGCUUGUGUGUUAUUGGCAUGGACUUUGAGUUCGUUGUUGCAAAUAUGUACGUUUUGUCUUCAAUGCCACUCGACAAGCAAUCCAUUGCAGGUUCGCUAUUUCAGACAAUAUCCCGUCUAUGCAGCGCUGUCUCUUUUGGAAUCGUGACGGCAAUUUUCGAUGCUGUACAGAAAAGUCCGGCAAAAUCAGGUUACUACGCCAACAACGCUGCCGAGCCCUACGCUUUCGCCUUUUGGUUCGCAGCUGCAGUCGCGUUUCUUUCCAUGCUACUCUUUCCCUUUUUGAGAAUCGGAACGCAGGGUCAUACAGGCGAUACUAGACGAGUGAAGCAGACUGGCGAGCGGGAUGACGAGUCGGAAGGCGGACGGGGUGAGGACAGUGAGCAUGCCGUCAUAACCGAUGCUAUGGCAGGCGAGAAGAGUGUGCAUGUUCAGGACACAGAAAAGUAGAUGACAGCAGAUGAUUCAUUUUAAAAGCCGUAUCCAUGCUGCGCAGUUCCAGCACAUUGUAGCCAAAAAUUUACUUAAUCCAAUCAUU